UUGGUUUAUGAAAACAGGCUGUAUCGCGAAUUAAUUGUUGCUGGUCAACGUAAACUCGUAUUGUUUUCGUUUUAAAAUGUCACUGUCACUUUGUUGUUGCGACAGAUUAGUUAAUACUUGAUAGAAAAACUCGGAAAACUGUGUUCCAGUGCCUACGGUUAAAUUAUAUGAAGUUUGAUUUGAUAGUUUUUCACGCGUGUGAAAUUAUCAGAUCUUAAAACAGUUUUUUUAUAUUAUGAAGAGAAGCUCCUAACUGUUUCCCUGGAAUUAUAGGCGAGACUAAGCCAAGCCUCCAGCCAGAGCAAAGGAAAAGCUAACUGUGUUAGCUACUUCCCGCUGGGCACCCACCGCGAGGUUCGGAGCUCGACUUAGCGCGUUGCGAACAAUCUUACUAAGGCAAACUGCAAAAGAGAUAAGCCGCGAUGGAUGACGAUACUGCCACAUUAGACGGUCAAUUCGUUGAGUUUGCGAAGUUGUACGAUAACAAACGUGACGGCACUACAAUCACUCUGUACAGGAGCGACUACUGGCUGCGGCAAGCAAAGGUGCUGGACGACAGGCAUGUCACCAUGACCGACACCGGACUGUGUUGGUGGAAAUUUGAAAAGACGGAAAUAACUUACGACGAGUGGUACGAGAUAUUAACGGAUUUGUGCGUUGCCAAAGGCUUGGAGCAAGAAGCUGUCGAGAUCCUUUUGACUAAUUGUGGGUUACCGGGUAGCACUCCGGUGGUCGUGCCGCAGUACCGAGACUUCUUUGAUUCCUAUAAGUCGAAAUCCAAGCUUGUGUUCUAAUGCUGAUGGAGAGACCAAGAAAACUAUCGAUAACAAUCUUAACGAUAAUUUGAUUGAAGAUUGCCUCUCUCAUUACGUAUUCUUAACAUGAAUAACGGGGUUACGAAUAUAUUAUCGAGAGUAUAACUUUUUGCUCAUCACUUUUUUUGAAAAUUUAUUUCAUGAGUAACGUUAUAGAGUUUUUGAAAAGUUAGAAAAUACUUUAUUA